AUGUCUAACCAUACGCUUCAGUUUUUGACUACAACGGAGACGAGUUUUGUAAAGGGUUCGUUUCCUAGAGACGGUCGCGGGCUUCGGCUGCAGCGCCGAGGGCAUCGCGCACUCUUGCGCCACCCACUGCAACCAGUCAAGGGCGCCUUAUUCUUAAAAGCAGAGGGGCUAAGUGAGACGCCCGCGUCCGGGGUGACGAACCAUAGAGUCCGUUCCGCUGCGCUGGUCGGCAGUCAACCCGGUGCACCGGACUGGAUCAAGCGUACGGCGGCGAGAGCGAUGUUGCGUGCAGUCCGCUUCAAAGACGAGGACUUCUUCAAGCCACUUAUUACAGUAUCGUGCACAUACACCAACGCGACGCCAUGUAAUGACCACAUGAUAGAGUUGGCGCGCAUCAUUGCGGACCGUAUUGAGAGCCGCGGAGGCAAACCGUUGCUGCACGGCACCCCGGUGGUCUCCGAUGGAGAGACGAUGGGCACCCCGGGCAUGCGCUACUCUCUCGUUAGCCGCGAUCUCAUUGCGGACUGUAUCGAGUGUCAGCACGAGGCCUACAUGGCAGAUGGUUUGAUCACACUCGGUGGAUGUGACAAGACGAUCCCUGGAGCAUUAAUGCCACUGCUGCGAAAUGAUUCGAUUGGUGUUUUCCUUUAUGGAGGAUCCAUUCUACCAGGUGGGCCUGAAAAAAACCUGGACGUCAUUUCUGCCUUCGAGGCCAUUGGUGCGCGCUCUGCAAACCGUAUAACUGAUGAGCAGCUCUUGGAAGUGGAAAAGCAUGCCUGCCCCGGAGCUGGGGCGUGUGCCGGCGCAUUCACAGCGAACACCAUGGCCACGAUUGCGGUUGCUCUUGGACUAGCCGUGCCAUACUCUGCUGGUCAUGUGGCAGCGACCUAUGAAGGAAGCGUUUCCGAUAACAAAAAACAAGAUUGCGUCGAUACGGUGGAUGCGCUCUUCACGUGUCUGGAGCGAGGUAUCACUGCGCGGCAGAUUGCAACACGACAAGCGUUUGAGAACGCGAUUGUUGUCGCAAUGGCCUUGGGUGGCAGCACGAAUGCCGUGCUUCACGUGCUGGCUCUCGCACAUGAAGCGCAAAUCCCGCUCACAAUUGACGACUUCCAUGAGAUUGGUUCCAGAGUUCCUCUCCUGGGGCAGUUUCGACCAUUCAGCAAGUAUGUUAUGGCAGACCUUGAUCGAAUUGGCGGGGUACCCGUGCUCAUGAAACAUCUGCUCGCACACGGCUAUUUGCAUGGCGAAUGCCUGACCUGCACGGGGAAAACACUAGCAGAGAACCUAGCACAUGUUCCAAAUGAUUUGCCGCCAAAUCAAGAUGUCAUACUUCCGGUUACUAGACCGUACGCUCCUCCUGGACGCCACAUCCUCGUUCUGAAAGGCAAUUUAGCGCCGGAAGGAGCCGUCAUUAAACUUAGCGGGAAGGAAAUUCGGCGACACCAAGGUCCCGCCAGGGUAUUCGAUUCGGAAUCUUCGGCCCUCGACGCUAUCCUGGCAGGCCAGAUUCGCAAAGGCGAUGUUUUGGUUAUUCGCUAUGAAGGCCCGGCAGGUGGCCCCGGCUGUCCGGAGAUGCUGUCACCGAGCUCAGCGCUCGUCGGCCAGGGCCUGGGCUCAGAUGUGGCGCUGGUCACCGACGGCCGCUUCAGCGGAGGGAGUCACGGGAUCAUGAUCGGACACGUCUGUCCAGAGGCAUACGUUGGCGGACCCAUCGCCUUGCUCCAGGAGGGCGACCAAGUCGUCAUCGAUAUUGAUGCCCGCUCGAUUGAUGUAGUCGGCCUCACGUCUACAGAAUGGGAUCGGCGCCGAGCCAGCUGGAAACGGAUUCAGAAGCCGGCCACUGGCCUGCUCGCUAAGUACCGCUCCCUAGUACAACCAGCCAGCCGUGGAGCAAUUACGAUCUGUCAGACUUAA